AUAAACGAAAGUGCAACUUUUUAAAACUCACCCAAGCACUACAUUACCUAGCCUGGCCUAGUAAAUUGAUAAUCUAAACAUUUCAAGCCAAAUAGAUCUAUAAAAUACUAUAAAUCUAGAUCUAGCCAAUAUGAUCUAGAUCUAGAAAAUCUAUGACAGAUUAAAAUAAUGAUUUAGUUUUUAGAGAUGUUUACUGUAGUGUUUAGUUUUUAGUACAGAUUCAAUUGUGAUCGAUCAUCAUUCAUCAGAUUACGAAAAGAAAAUGUGGAUUACCAGAAACCUUUGAUACUCCUGCUGAACUGUCUGAAAAGUUAGAAAAAUUAGUAGAAUUUGUGAAAAAGAGUCAUCAUAUUGUUGUUCAUACAGGGGCUGGUAUAAGCACAUCUGCAGGUAUUCCUGAUUUUAGAGGUCCUAAAGGGGUGUGGACAUUAGAAGAAAAAGGAGAAUGCCCACAACAUAAUGUCACGUUUGACACUGCUGAACCUACAUUUACUCACAUGGCUCUGGUAGCUCUUGAAAAAGCUGGUAUCAUAAAGUAUGUAGUUAGUCAAAAUAUCGAUGGACUGCAUAUAAGGUCAGGUUUUCCACGCAAUUGUUUAUCUGAACUUCACGGGAAUAUGUUUAUAGAAGAAUGCAAUAAAUGUGGACAUCAGUAUAUAAGGCAGCAUUGUGUGCCAACUAUGGCAAGGAACUUAACUGGGGGCAGCUGUACACAGAAAAAAUCUAGAGGAACAUGCAGAGGAAAGUUGAUAGAUACAAUACUAGAUUGGGAAGACUCUUUACCUGAUAGAGAUUUGGAUGCAGCCUAUCAACAAAGCAGAAAAUCAGAUUUAAGCAUUUGCUUGGGAACAUCAUUACAGAUUGUUCCAAGUGGAAAUAUUCCUCUGCUGACUAAGAAGAAUGGUGGGAAGUUGGUUAUAGUAAACUUACAGCCUACUAAACAUGACAAAAAAUGUGAUUUAAAAAUUUCUGCUUAUGUUGAUGAUGUAAUGAAAGCCUUAUGUAAAGUUCUUAAAGUUGAAGUCCCUCAGUAUACUAAGCCAUCAGUCUGUCUUAGUUCCAUUUAUUCUCCAAAAGACAUAAAAGAUUUGCAAAUCAGUGCAGAUCUAGAACUGUUAAAUAACUUUAUUGAGGUAUUCAAAGACAGCAAUCACAUCAAAAGGGCCUUAGAGGACUCUCCUGAAGAACCAUGUAAGAAAAUGAAAAAAGAAGUUAUAAAAGAUGAGAAUGAUGUUAUAAAACAAGAAAGUGCUUCAGAAAUAGAGUCUUCUGAUAAUAAGGCUGAGUUGUCAGCAGAAUGUGUUGAUGUUUAACUUUGAACAUUUUACUGAAUGUAACUGUAUCAGAAAAUGCAAAUCUUCCAGUCUACAGCAUUCUGAGUCAAACCCACCUAAAAGUUAGGAUACUUCAGGGAGGCUUCUAAUGAUAUGAGACCUUACAUAUGAAAUACUAAAUUUUCCUAACAACAUACGGAUGAAGAAGGAUGGAAUCUAUUUUCAUUAUGCUGCUAUGUUUUUAUCCACAAUUUGCAUAGUGGCAUUGUUUCAACCUUAUUGCUAGUAAGCGAAUAUAUUGUUAAGGUUGUAUUAGUUAAUGAUGUUUUUUACAUUCCGAAAAAAAAUUUUCUUACUUUUUUUAAAAAUUAAAGUAACAGUUACCACCAUAAGAUAAAAUUCUCCACAAGCUAAACCUAUAUACUAUGUUAAAAUUUUUAUUAUUGUAUUUCUACCCUAGGUACCUUAGGUAGAAAUACUAUUCUUUUUAUUUAUUUAUUUAGGUUUAUAUUUAACCACUGUAUUGUUAAUUUCAAAACUUAAUUACAGCUUUUAUAUUUUAAAAUUAUUUACACAUCAAAAGUUAUAGUUAGUUGCAUGUUAAAUAGCCUAAACUGUGUGAAUGUCCUUAAAGAAUUGAUGUAACUCAUGAUGGAAUCCUAUUACAGUAAAUAAAUAUAUAUUGUACA